AUGGCCCCGAUGCCUCCAAUUGCAGAGGACGAGGUCGUUGGUAAGCCCAUGGUGCUUCCACGAGGGCCGUUGCGGAUACCUCAAAAGACUCGCCGUGGUCCGAUGAACCGUCCGGCGCCUCCGCCGUAUGUGCCGGCACCGCAUCCUUCUCCUCCACUGUAUAAGGAGGAUACAAUGUCAGACUCGUCUUCGACCUCGGGGUUUGCCUCGAUCAAGCUAGAGAACUACAAGAAGUGGCAGGAUGAGUCCGGCUCUGACGAUGAGGGGGAUGGUAGAGGCUCAAAGGAUCGGCAAUGGUUUGGAAGCCGCCUCGGAAGAUGGCUCAAAUUUGGAUUCUUGGCCUUGAUGGCAGUUGGGAUCGUUGUUGGGCUGGCUGUUGGGCUGACAUUCGGGUUGAGAGACAAGCAAUCGAGUGACGGCAGUAACGACACGGACUCAUCCAAUCUCUACCCAGUGGGAUCUUACUCCUUUGAGUCUACUCUUCAGAACAUUUCAACCGCCUGCACCUCUCGUUCAUCCACUUGGCGCUGCUAUCCCUACAGCCAAGGAUCCAAUGCAACCUUUUUCUGGUCCAUCUCUCGCUCCGGGAGUUCCUACAACGUCUCCUCCUCCGAGAACCCCUUUGCACCCUCGUUCUCGAACAAGACUGCCACUCUUCUGGAUCAGGGAAAGCCCACUGAGCGCCUUUCUUUCGCCUUUGACACGAGCCGCACCAUUAUCCCCAGCGAGCCCAUCACACCCACCAACCGCGCCGCAAAAUGCACCUACUCAUCGACUUUGUUCCAGGCCACCAUCUGGACAAGAAGGAGCGGCGGGCGUGAACUGUCCGGCAUCGACGACCUGCUGAAGAGAAAGGCCGGGAGGAAGUUCGUGGCCUGGCCCGGCGACGUCCAGGUCUUCCAAAUGAGGCCGUACAAGGCCGGCCCGCCUAACUGCGAGGACACUGAUGGAAAUAAGAUCACCGAUAUCCAGGGAGGCUAUGGCGACUGCUCAUGCGAAUACUCCAGCUUUUGA